AUCUCUUGAGGCUUCACCUCAGCUUCACUGACUUCUUGACUCUCCUCUUGAGUAAAAGGACUCAGCCAACUAUGAAGUUUCUUGUCUUUGCUUUCAUCUUGGCUCUCAUAGUCUCCAUGGCUGGAGCUGAUUCACAUGAAGAGAAACAUUAUGGGUAUAGAAGAAAACACCAUGAAAAGCAUCGUUCAUAUCGAGGAUUUCCAUCAGAUGAAUACAGUUCCUAUCCGUAUUACCAUUGAUAUCCUCAGUAACCAUGGGGCAUGAUUAUAGAGGUUUGACUGGCAAAUUCACUUUUCACACCUGUGUUCUCACUUGUCUUGAAGAAUUAUCAGAAGGCAAUGCAGAAUAAAAGAAUGACCAUGAUUUAGUGCAUUCUGUGUUUUAUGAUACUUACCUUUCAAAUUAUCAUUUGAUUAUAUACUUGAAAUUUAAACUGUUAAUCUUUUCUCAUUGCUGUUUCUUAGUAAAUUAAAUUUAUUCUUCUCUAAAAACAAUAAAUUUCAAGCACA